AAACCGUCAUACACGAGGGAGAGCUCAGAAAAGGGGUGGAGCCGUGACGAAUUGAACGUUGAGGUCCACUUCUGUCGCGUUUCAUCGUUCAAAUCGUCGUUGCCCGUUGCCCUGUCGACGAUCUCUGAGCUCCAGAGAGACGAGGGAAAAGAUUUCACACAGGUAGACAGGAAGGGAGAGACAGAUAGAGAGAGCGCCAUGAUUACGCGAUCGAAUCUGGCGGAGCAGUUGAGAGAGUACCAGCUUCGAUCCAAGCAUGACUGGGCCUCUGUCUCCUUCUUCUCAUCUACUUCUAAUCUCCCUUCUUCUUCAAGGGUGGAUGUUGUGAUCUUUGUAAUAUGGGAACUGGUUAUUCUAGCUUUGCUGGUUUUUUCUGCAGUCUCUCUAUACUUUAGGCAUAUGCGACUAGCUUUCACUCUACUAUGCAUCACGAUGCUAUUCCUAUUAUGUAUGAAAAUUACAAAGCAAGUGAGAUUGGCUAGGAAAAAGAAGCGAAGGAUGCUUCUUCCACUAUCAAUGUGAAACAAUAUUUAGUCGCAGUCUUUCUUUCUUUUUGUUUUUUGUUUAUUUGUUUUUAAAGUAACCCAACUUUGUUGUGUUAUAUAUAUGUUAUUGGCCAUUGCAAUUGGUCCAGCGUUUUUGGACAA